CAAAUCAACAUGGCUGUGAAAUUUACGUGAUUUCAUAGAAAUUACUUUUCCAUGUAAGUCUGCAGAAUAUGUCUGAAAAGGACAAAAAAGAGGAGCCCAAACAGUUGGAUGAUGAUUCCAGUGACGACGAUUCCACGGAGAUUGCAACCAGAGAUGAGCUUUCCUGGUCCAACCCCAUCAUCACUGCAUCACCCUCGAUUCUGCGACCCAUCAACACUUCCCGACCUGAUCUUUCCAAUGCCCCCUCGGUUGUCAUUUCCUUGCCCAGCAGCGACACCUUCAACGUGACCGAGGAAACUCCGGAGCAGCGACUCCGGCGAAGGAUGCGGUUUCUCGAGUUGCGGCGGGAGCACUACAACCACGUCAUUCACAGCGAGCAGUGCGACAUGUCGGAUACGGACAAUGAAGAUCACUCGGAGAAUCAAGUGGAGAAACACGCAAAGUGUCAAGAGAACUGCAAGCCCAAAUAGAGACUAGCGGAUCGAAGUUGUUAACUUUUACAAUUGUUAAAUUCAAUUAAUUACAAUG